AUGUCUCAAACGCUCACCGAGCCGCCGGCCUCGCAUCCCGCGCCCGGCGGCGACGCAUUCGAGCUCAGCCGCGUCGUAUCGUCCGGCUCCCGUGCCGGCCGUGUGGUUGGAUCCGCGUCCGCCGCCACCGGCGACACCAAGUCGAGCCCCGAGGCCGCCGUCGGCGAGCGUGAUGCCUCCGACGAUGGCGCGCCGCCUCCGGAUGCAUAUGGGGUCGUCGAGCGGUGGAACUGGCCGCGGUCCAACGUCGCCAAGCUGGCGUUUUCGCUGGUGUCGUUUACGCUGGCGGGCAUGAACGACGCCGCUGUUGGUGCUUUGAUCCCCUACCUCGAAGAAUACUACAACCUCAGCUACACCGUCGUCUCGCUCAUCUUCCUCACCCCCUUCGUCGGCUACUCCACCGCCGCCUUCACCAAUGCCCGCAUCCACGUCGCCCUCGGCCGCCGCGGCGUCGCCGUCAUGGCCCCCCUCUGCCACAUCAUCACCUACGCCAUCCUCGCCUCCCACCCACCCUACCCCGUCCUCGUCGUCGCCAACGCCAUCAGCGGCUUCGGCAACGGCCUGACCGACGCCUGCUUCUGCGCCUGGGUCGGCGCCAUGGACAAGGCCAACGCCAUCCAGGGCUUCCUGCACGCGUCCUACUCCCUCGGCGCCCUCUUUGCGCCGCUCAUCGCCACGUCCAUGGUCGUCAAGGCCGAGCUGCCGUGGUACAACUUUUACUAUGUCAUGAUCGGCAUGGGGGUCGUCGAGUUUGCGGGCCUCACCAUCAGCUUCUGGCGCGACACGGGCGCCGUGUAUCGCGCGCAGCAUGCCCAAGAGAACGACACUGGAAGCGGAGCAGGCACGCGCGAUGCCAUCAAGUCCAAGGUGACCUGGCUCUGCGCCCUCUUCUUCUUUGCCUACAUGGGUGUUGAAGUUGGCCUCGGGGGCUGGAUCGUCACCUUUAUGCUGCGCGUGCGUCACGCGACGCCCUACGCGUCCGGUAUCUCAGGGUCCGGCUUCUGGGCAGGCAUGGCGGUCGGCCGCGCGGGCCUGGGUUUCGUGACAGAACGCUACGGCGAGCGCCUCUGCCUAACCAUCUACCUGGCCGCGUGCCUCGCGCUCGAGCUGCUCUUCUGGCUGGUUCCCUCGUUCGUCGUGUCUGCCGUCGCGGCCGCCUUCCUGGGCUUCUUCCUGGGGCCCAUGUUCCCCGGCGCCGUCAUGGUCACGGCCAAGCUGCUGCCGAAGCGCAUCCACGUGAGCGCCAUCGGCUUCGCCAUGGCCCUGGGCGGCACCGGAGGCACCGUGUUCCCGUUCAUCAUCGGCGCCAUUGCGUCCAAGAAGGGCGUGGCCGUGCUGCAGCCCGUGGUGCUGGCGCUGAUUGUGCUGGUUGCGGGCGUGUGGUUGAGUUUUCCGCGGAUCAAGAAGAGAGAUUGA